GGUAAUGUUUAUAUGUACUACAAAUUAUAUGGCUUCUACCAGAAUCUCUAUCGAUAUGUUCUUUCCAGAAGCAAUACACAACUGAUGAGUAAGAAUAUUAUGGAUGUUCAUGGAUGUGAUCCAUUCAAAAUGUCUGAAGAUAAGAUUCCCUUCAUUCCUUGUGGUGCUAUUGCCAACAGCAUGUUUAAUGAUACCAUAAUUCUUUCCUAUAACCUUCACUCAUCUGAACACAUCCAAGUCCCAAUGCUAAAGUAUGGACUCACAUGGUGGACAGAUAAGUAUGUCAAAUUUCAGAAUCCAGUUUCCAGUAAUCUUGCAGAUCAGUUUGAAG